CAUUGAACCGGAAGAACAAUAAAAUGUCAUGUUAUCAGUUUUAGUCAUAAAACAAGAUUUUCAACAGCUUAUAAGCUAAGAUACAAUAAUACAAAAAUGACGGAUAAAAUGUAUUUCGUUGUAGUUGUAUUCAUUUGUGUCACAGUUGUACACGCCGGGGAAUAUUGUACAAAGAGCAAUUAUGGACCAGUAUAUGACGACAGAAUUUACUGCUCAACGUCUUGUUGUGGAGAUAAAUAUAAGAAAUACUGCUGUAGCAGCGUUGCUGUACCAGGACUCAUUGUGCUUGGUGUUAUUGGACUUGUAGUACUGAUAGGGUCAGUGUUAGUGGCUGUAUUUUGUUGCUGUCGAAAAACUAGAGGACAUACGGGAUGGUUGUGUCAACCAGCGGGCGUAACAACUAUAGUACCGGUGUAUGGUGUGCAGACAACCGCUUUAGGGUAUGGACAAGUUGGAUAUACAAAUGUCGCGUUUCCGCAACAGAUACAGACAACACACAUGCCUGGCCCAGCAGAUAAUUCCCAGAAAUGGCAACAACCUCCAUACAAUACUGCCGUCACAAGCUAAAUCUUAUUCGUUAAAAAUGGUCAUUAUAAUGAUAAUGUCAUUGACUGCAUUUAAAGACGAUAUCAUAACAGUCAGUCAUACAUUUGCGUCAGAAGUAUAUUAUUAGUCCCCUAUCCUGUUACCAACAAGCUGUGUUACAAUUUUAUCGUGCCGACUUCCCUUUACUUCCAUCAUGCUAUAAUCGAAACAUUAUUGUAAAUUAACAAAGCUACUUACAGUGCAGUCUGGAAUCCUGCAAUCAUUUGUUUGGUCAUCAUAUUUUUAUAGUUGAUUAACACCAGCAAUAAAAUGCACAAUGACCUGUAUUUUGACUAAAUUACAAAACACAAAAGCUCAUUUACAAAUGUUAUAAACUGGUUUAGAUAAGAAAUUCUGUUCCAUCCUUUCAAAAAUCACUAGAUUUGAUGAUGUCAGAAGUGUGUUAGAACUUCGGCUUUCAUCCCGUUUCCUGUUAAAUCCUUUAUCGUGCAUGUAGAUAAAUGAUAAAACAAUAAACUGCUGAAUAUCAAA